UUGGCUUUGGAUUCAUGAUUUAAUAUUUUUUAAUAUAUAUAUAAUGAGUGGCUCUGUUGUAUUAUUCCCAUCAAUAGUACAAGAAAUGGAUUCAUCAGUAAAUAUCAUCAACGUGGAGCGAGUCUCUCCUUCAAUCUCAGACUCGUCCGAGUCACUCACUCUCCCACUCACUUUCUUCGACCUUCUCUGGUUCAAGCACCAUCCAGUCGAACGAGUCAUCUUCUUUCGACUCACUGAAGCAACUCGCUCAUUUUUCGACUCAGCCAUCGUGCCAAACCUCAAAGCCUCUCUCUCCUCAUCCCUCUCUCACUAUCUCCCACUCGCCGGCAAACUCGUAUGGGAACCACUCGAUCUCAAACCGAGCAUCGUCUACUCUCCAAACGACGCCGUUUCAUUCACCGUCGCCGAGUCAAACGCCGAUUUCUCCCGUUUAACCGGUAAGGAACCAUUCUUCUCCACCGAGUUGCACCCGUUAGUCCCUGAGUUACAAAGCUCCGACGACUCGGCUUCGGUCAUGUCGUUUCAAGUCACGCUGUUUCCAAACCAAGGGUUUUGCGUAGGCGUAACUGCACACCAUGGCGUUUUAGAUGGGAAAACGACAACCAGUUUUCUCAAAUCUUGGGCGCACAUAUGUAAACAUCAAGAUUCCUCUCUACCCAAAGAUCUGACUCCGUUUUACGAUCGCACGGUCAUAAAAGGUCCACCAAAUGGCGAUAUAAAAGUUUUGAACUCAUGGCAGACUUUAGUGAAAACGUUCAUGGGCGGUAAAGAACCAGAAAACCCCAAGAGUUUAAAGCUUCCUCCGUCUCCCGUGAUUAGUCCUGACGCAGUUCGGUACACUCUUGAGCUCACUCCCGAAGAUAUCCAAACGUUUCGGGAGAGGCUCAAGAGAGAGUCCUUCCCCCUGUCAAAGGUGCUUCGUUUGUCGACGUUUGUGAUUACAUACUCAUAUGCUUUAACUUGCUUAUUUAGAGCUCGAGGUGGAGAUCCAAAUGAACCUGUCGGGUUUGUGUUUGCUGCUGAUUGUCGAAAAAUAGUAACUCCGCCGAUCCCGUCGAGUUAUUUCGGUAACUGCGCCGUCAGUACGUAUAGAAUUCCAUUAACCGCAGAUACGUUUAUGGGUGAAGAAGGGUUUUUGGCUUCUGCAAGAUUAGUGAGCGGGUUGGCUGAGGAAUUGGAGGAGAGUGUUGUGUGGAAUAUCCCAGAUUAUGUAGAGUUUUUUAGUAGUAUUCCACUAGGUACAAAAAUUGUUUCUGUUGCCGGGUCAACCCGGUUUAGUGUAUACGGGAUGGAUUUCGGGUGGGGCAGACCGGAGAAAGUGGUGGUUGUGUCAAUUGAUCAAGGCGAAGCGAUUUCCUUGGCGGAGAAUAGAGAUAGAAAAGGCGGUGUGGAGGUUGGCUUCUCUCUCAAGAAACAUGAAAUGGAUGCUCUGAUCGAUUUGCUCCAUAACGGACUAAAAGUUUAACCACUCUUUUUCUUGAAAUAAAACUGUACCUUCCUUUUUUGGCCAACUUACUUUUCAUCAGCCCACUUUGGUCUGACUUUUUUUUAACAUCACGCAAAGAUUGCAACAGCCAACAGCCCUCUCUCUCUUUAGUACAAGAUCUUUACUGUGCUUA